UCUCUUAGCAAAUACAAAGUACAAUACAAACUUCAAUCAAAAUAUUUUCGUCGACGUAAUUUAUUUUAUUCUCAAUUUAUUACGAUUUAAUUAUUAAAAUUAUAGAAAAUCCAUGUCCUGAUCAAAAAAUUUAGUCUAAUUAUGCCGACAGGCCGUGCAGUGCUGCUGUUGCGGCGUUUAUCGACUGGUGAUAACAAAUUUAAAAACAUCAAUUUGAAUCAAAGCUCAAAUAAAGAGCCUCUUGUGGGACACCCGGUGUGCGUUCAUCGCGACAUAAACCUGCCAAAAAGACUUUCAACAUUUGGACACAACAGUAUCACCGCACCACAACUGUCCAGGAGCCUCAGUGACAACAUUAUAAAGAUGGCUACACCCAGUGCAGAGUCCAGUUCAGUUGAAAAACCGAAGCAUACAAAUCGUCUAAUUUCUGAGAAAUCACCAUAUUUGUUACAACAUGCCCAUAACCCUGUUCAAUGGUACCCGUGGUGCCAAGAAGCCAUAGACAAAGCUAAGGCAGAGAAUAAGCUUAUUUUUCUAUCAGUUGGCUACUCUACAUGCCAUUGGUGCCAUGUCAUGGAAAAAGAAUCAUUUGAAAAUGAAGAUACUGCAAAAGUUAUGAAUGAACACUUUGUUAACAUAAAAGUGGAUCGUGAGGAACGACCUGAUAUUGAUAGAGUCUACAUGUUGUUUGUGAUGGCGACAACAGGAGGCGGUGGCUGGCCCAUGUCUGUCUUCCUGACCCCAGAUUUGAGACCUGUUACUGGGGGCACUUACUUUCCACCUAAUGAUAACUGGGGUCGACCAGGGUUCAAGACAGUUUUGUUGUCUCUGGCCAAGAAGUGGAAGGAAAAUCGUGAACAAUUUAUGGAUGCUGGCACCAGUAUAAUAGAAGCACUGAAAAAGAUUUCUAUUAUUGAUUCUGAUACAUCUGCUUCCAUUCCAGGUGAAGCAACCUGGGAAAAGUGCGUCAAGAGAUAUAUUACAAACUAUGAACCAGAUUUUGGUGGUUUUGGUACAGCUCCGAAAUUUCCGCAGGCAUCCAUAUUUAAUUUUCUUUUUCAUUAUUACGCUCGUGAUAAAUCUCAUCCUGAAGGAAAGAAAUGUUUGGAGAUGUGUUUGUACACAUUGACUAAAAUCGCCAAAGGGGGAAUUCAUGAUCACAUAUCCAGUGGUUUCGCGCGAUACUCUGUUGAUAACGACUGGCAUGUCCCACACUUUGAGAAAAUGUUAUAUGAUCAAGCCCAGUUAGUGGUGGCCUAUACUGAUGCUUAUCUCGCUACAAAAGAAGAUUUUUACGCCGAAGUUGUUCGAGAUAUUAUCAAGUACGUAAAUAGAGAUUUAAGACAUGGUUCCGGUGGCUAUUACAGUGCAGAAGAUGCCGAUUCGUUCCCUACAUUUGGGGCAGCACACAAACGCGAAGGGGCGUUUUGCGUGUGGGAGUAUAGCGAAUUGAAAGAUCUAUUAGGCGAUAAAAAAAUUGGCGCGAUUCCUUAUUUGGAUGUCUUCUGCGAUUAUUUUAGCGUCGAAGAAGAUGGGAACAUUUCGCAUGGAAGCGAUCCUCACGGUGAACUGGAAAAUAAGAAUGUUUUGAUUAUUUACGGAAGUAAAGAGGGAACUGCUAAAAAGUUUGGAUUGAAUAUGGAGCAGUUCAAUCAAGUGAUAUCGGAAUGUGUUGAGGUACUAUACGAAGCAAGGCAGAAGAGGCCGCGUCCGCAUUUGGAUACCAAAAUUCUUUGUUCUUGGAAUGGCCUUAUGAUCACUGGUUUGGCGCAAGCAGGUCAAGGAUUGGGCGAUAAGGAUUAUGUGGAAGAUGCUAUUAAAACCGCGGAUUUUAUCAAGAAACAUUUGUAUGAUAAGUCCACAAAGACUCUUUUGCAUUCCUGCUAUAGAGACGAAAAUGGCGCAAUUUCACAAACGGAUCAGCCGAUCAAGGGUUUCCUUGACGACUAUGCUUUCCUCAUAAAGGGCUUGUUGGACCUGUACGAGGCCUCGCUGGACCUCCGCUGGCUGGAUUGGGCUCGCGAGCUGCAGAACACACAGAACACUCUGUUUUGGGACGCAGCGAGCGGCGGUUACUUCACGUGCUCUGCUGAUGAUGACACGGUUGUGUUACGGCUAAAAGAAGACCAAGAUGGCGCCGAGCCCUCAGGCAAUAGCGUGUCAUGCCACAACCUACUUCGCCUCGCCGCGUACGCCGACAAGAGCGCGGCCCCCGAAGGCGGAGACCAAGAGAGAGAAAUGGCCAAGAAGUUGCUGCUGGCGUUUUCGAAAAGAUUGAAUGAGGCGCCCACGUCGUUGCCGGAGAUGAUGUCGGCACUCAUGUUCUAUAAUGACUCGCCCACUCAAGUGUUGAUAGCCGGCGGCUGCUCGGACCCGCGCACGCUGGAGCUGGUGCGCGUGGUGCGCGCGCGCCUGCUGCCGGGCCGCGUGCUGGCCGUGGCCGACCCCGCCGCCGACGCGCCCGGUAUGUCCGACAUACUGCUCAGCCGAAUCAGGUCGGCCGGCGACGUGCCUACAGCGUACGUGUGUCGCCGAUACGCCUGUUCGCUUCCCGUCACCGACUCCAAGCAACUCGAGAACUUGCUAGACGAAGGACCAGUCGUCACAAAGAACAAAUAAAUGAUAAAAAACGAUCAAAAUUCACAGCAGCUAUGGUUUGAUUCACAUUGGAAUAGAGUUGAAACGACCCAUCGAAAUGUUUUUGAAGUAAUUUGACUACCUAAUUAUGCUGUGGAGACUAAAUUGGAGUAGUACUUAACCAACAAUAUCCCACAUAAUCUCAUUCACUCGUGCAAGUGGCAUGGUGUUUGGAAAUCUGAAAGGAUCCUACUCCAAUGUGAUUCGAGCCUAAUUUCAAUAAAAAUUGUAAACAUUUAUUGGAUCAUUUUUGAAAUAAGCUGUCUUUCAUUGCUAAAAAAAAUUCUAAUUUAUUCAUAUAAUGUUGUAUUUAAUACACACACAAUUUUUCAUUGAGAUAUUUAUAAAAUAUUUUCCUAUUUAGUGGAAUAUGUUAGUAUGCACAAUGACACUCAUCUGACUUACGAAUAUUGGAAUUUCAGUAACAUAACUAGAAUAAUAUCAGUUUACAUACUAUCAACUUCUACGCUGCAUAUUAACUAUCAGAUCCUAACAUGAAUUGGAAUAAAAUUGUAUUUAUUUAAAAUUUAGUUUUUACCCAAAAAAACACUAGUCCAACUAGGUCAAAAAUAUCAUAGCCUUCACAUAAUAUUUUUUAUUUCUUAAUCGAAUUAAUGCCUUUCCUCGAAUAUUUGUAGUGAAUUUUGAAUACAUAGAGCUAAUUUAUAUUUUUCAUUUAUGAAACAACCUUUUAUGUGAAUCAGUGUCAAAGUUUAUACUAGGAUUGUCUGUCAUUUAUAGUGUAGGACCUAACUGUUACUAACAUUGACUCGAUGUAACAUUUAUUUAAAUUAAUUGUUACAAGGUUGUCGAAUUGUAGGUAGUUUGUUCGUUUAGUGCUUGUAAAUGUAGUCUUUCGUCAAUGUCAUGUUAAUUAUAUGUAUUUGAACUCAGUGCCCCAUUUUGUUUUGCGCAGUUGUGAUUUGUUUAGUAAUCAAAAUACUGCUUCCAAUAAUCUCACAGGCCGUCGGAAAGCGAUUCCAACGCUGUAGAUUCAUACAAAUUAGACACUUUAUUAAAUUAUUCGUAAUUAAUCAUACUAGUCAAUUAAUCUGAAAGAUAAAUUUUAUCCGUAUGACUUUGUUGUAUUUACUGCGUUCAAUAUGUUGGUAUUUGCCGAGCCUUCUUUUUCUUAAAAUACCCGGUAAGUACAUGAACCAAGUUAUGUUGCAGUCCAUUUUCUUUAUAUACCCUCUGUAGUUAUGUACCUUUAAUAGUUGAAGAUAAGUUUAUCCAUUUGGGCAAUAUUGUAUUGAGAAAAUUUAAUGAUAAUAAUAUAAAUAAAUGGUUAUAUAAAUUAAUUUAUAUUAGAUGUUUGCUAUAGGAAUGAAUAAAACCAUGUUGUAUCAUGGAGAGAUUUGGGAAAUAUUAGUCUGAUUGAAAUGUGAUAGGUAACAUUUUUUACACAAGUAAAAAUAAAAAUAUAUUUUGUUGUCAUGUUAUAUGUUUAUGUAAAACGUCAUGUAAUGGCUUUUAUUUGUAUUUAUAAAUUAUACACAUAGUAAUUGAUCUAUUAUGCUAGAAGCAAAAUUUUAGUCUGUAAUAUGUACCUAAUAUAAAAUAUGUUAUUAA